AUGCCCUCCGCGACAGGUGCACUUUCUGCUAACUUUAACAACUUCACUGGGAAAUGGAAUGUGGAAGGCUACGAGGCUGAGCUCCAUGGUAAUUUCAGCCAAAGUGUUGAGAACUGGCAGUCCGACGCUACACUCGAAUACGACAAUGUCCAAGACCUUGUUGGCACCUUCAGCGUCCAAUCCGGACCGUCAUACGUCGGCGUCCUUGAUAUUAGCCUGACAUUGACCAACCAGGCUGGCAAGCAAAUCAAGAUCACUGGCCCUCUCUCGUCUCCCAUCUCCCAGAGGACCCCCAUUGCCGGCCAAGGAUCCUGGUCCAUCAGAAUGUAG